AUGCAGAUGCGACAAGGCGGCGAGGUAGCAGCUCGACGCCUGGGCCGAGUCUACUCCUGCUCUCUCCUAGCCUUGGGAUCGGAGCGCAAAAGUCUGUCCCUUGUCUUCCUCUCUCUGUUGCUUUGCCAUGCUAUCCUCUCUCCCAGCAUGGCCUCCCCCCUCGGGAAAUUCGAUGACCCGGAUAAAUACGUGCAAAUUAUGCGAAAACUGCUGGAGGCAAACACCACCGACCAAACUAAUAGUACAAGCGAACUGUCAACUACUAAUGCAACAUCCAGCUCCAGCAACUCUCUAGGUACCACCAGCAACUCCACAAACAAUGAUACCUCUGUCAAGAGUAAUUUGAACAACACAAGUAUCAUGAAUACUUCGGUAUUCAUCGACACAAGUGCAAGUUUCUCGCCCCAAACAACCGCCGCACCAACAACACCUGCGACUUCAACUCCAUCUCCUGUCAUACCUCAACUGCCAAUCGGUGCUUCGGUUAUCGCAAGUGAAACUUUGACUCUACCUUCGGAUACCGUGCUACAGAGCCAGGGCUUUGUCAUGCAAUUCAAAGCUGCCUCAUACGUGAAUGUUGGUGCAAAUAUUCCAGCGGGAGCAUGGCCCAAGGACGAUCGAAGAGUGCCCACGCUUACUGUUGUCUCCUUGAAUCUGACCGCAGCCAACAUCACGCUUCCAGCUGCAUCCAGGGUCGGUGGUCCAGUGAUCGAGUAUGGACCAAGCGGGAUCAAGUUUCUGCUUCCCGUCCGUCUUGCCCUGCCAAUAUCCAGCACGACUGUAUUGGGAAAGAGCGAGGAGUUAGUGGUUCACGUAUACAAUCAAAGCUCUAGGAUGUGGGAAAGGCGACCAGUCACCUCAAAGGAUGUUCCGACCCCUCCCGAAGGAAUUGUGUACGGAGAAACGAUGAGCUUCUCUAUGUAUGCGGCAUUGGUGGUUCCGAAACAGAAAUCUAGCAAGAAAUGCGGAGAUGGUUGCAUUGCGGGAGCUGUGAUCGGAUCGAUCGUCGGUUUUGGUGUCCUGGUGGGUGGCUUUUGGUAUUUCACGCAGUAUCAGAAGAUGUCAAGUGGAGGAAGCGACGUGGAGCGAGAAGAAUCAGGACGAGACGAAUCAGGACGAGGGCGGGCGCCUGCAAGCUCGCAGCCACCAGCGACCGUUCUUACCCUGCGGCAGAACACUCCACGCGAACUGCAUGAAAGGACUGAAGAGGAAGAAAUGGAGGAGGAUGACCGACGUGCCAACAAGUCGACAAAGAAGGAAUCGAAGGAAAAAGAGGAUUCUGAUGAAGACGACAGUCAUUAUUAUGACGUGUAG